AAUUUGGUUGAGGAGAAGGAUAAGAAAGUGAAGGAGUUACAAGAUAAAAUUGCUGCAGUCAAUUUUACCCCAGAAAGCAAAAUGGGCAAGAUGCUAAUGGCUAAAUGUAGGACACUGCAGGAGGAAAAUGAAGAGAUUGGAAACCAGGCUAAUGAAGGAAAGUGCCAAUAAAUGGGUCCAUUUCUAUCAGCGCAUAAAUAAACCAGUAGGAGCAGGACACAAGAAUGGCAAAUGGCAUGUACUCCACGCUCUUUGUGCUGAUUACUAGUCCAAUGAUAGACAGAGGACAUACAUAAUGAUGGAGAAGAUGGGAUGCAACAAAAAUAUUGUAGCGGAGUUAAAACUGCCACCAAUUAUUAUUUUUUAAGUACUAACUUCAUAUUGUAGUGGUUCAAAAUUUCCACAUAGUUUUCUGAGGAAACAAACAAGUAUUUUAUUGUGGGAUUUAUAGAACACCACAGUAUUUAUUUUUUGUGACAUUGUGAUCAUAUUGCGGGGGUUUAUGAACUCCCGCAAUAAUUUUUUUUGAAACGUUAAUAUCAUAUUGCGAGGGUUCUAAGCUGUCA